AUGUCCUUCUCGUCUUCCUCCUCGGCUCAUGGCACCCGGCAGCCGACCGCCGGCCGGAGCUCGCUCCUGUCGUCGUCGUCGACCACCGGCCACGCGUCCACGGUCAACCGGCUGCUGAGCCCGUCGUCGACCGGGGCCAAUGUCAGCCCCCUGACGUCGUCGCUGCUGUCGGGCUCCACUCAGGGUGGCCCUGCGCCGGGCGGCUCUUCGCUGCUGUCCGGGUCCUCGCUGCUGUCCGGGUCCUCGCUGCUGUCCGGGUCUUCGCUGCUGUCCGGGUCUUCGCUGCUGUCCGGGUCCUCGCUGCUGUCCUCCAGCCGGGCCAGCCCGUCGGUCCUGUCGUCGUCAUCGUCGAUCAUCGGCGACCGGCCCGGUGGCGCGGCGGCAUCGCCGAGCGUGCUGAGCCCGCGGCCGGCGGCCACCGUGGGUGUGCCCGCGCGGCCGGGCGUCACCCCGACCAUGCCGGCGUCGGGCCCCGCCGCCGGUGCCCCGGUGCUGGCGCACCAGCAGCCUGGCCAGCAGCGCACCUCGCCCCCGGACGCCGGGGACGAUCUGCUGCUCCAGCUGGAGCAGGCCCAGGAGCCGGUCACCCGUGAGGGCUGCUUUGCUCCGGCCGAGCUGCUGCCCGUGGGCGGGCUGUUUGCCGAGCGCCCGCUCUCGGCCGGCGAGCAGGCCCUCCUGCGGACGGCCGGCGACGCGUCGCCCUUCUCCGGGGCCGGGGGUGUCGGGCCGAAGGCGGCCCCGGGCGUCGGGGCGGUUCCCCCGUCCUCCUCCUCGCUGGCCAUGGACAAGCUCAAGUACGACUUCAUCCUGUCGGCCUCGAGCAGUCUCUUCAUGAACCCGAACUACUACAGCAAGGCGGAUUCCUCGCGCCUCGAGCUCCUGCGCCUGGCACGCACCGUGGCCGAGGCCGGCGACCCGGAGUUCGUCCUGCGCCUGGCCCUGUACGUGCGCCUGGAGCUCUUCGUCCGGUCCACGGCCAACUACCUGCUGGCGGUGGCGGCCUCCAUCCCGGCCUGCUGCCCGUACCUGCUGAAGUACCUGCCUGCGACGGUCCUCCUGCCGACGGAUUGGCUGCAGGUGGCCGAGCUGUACCGGGCCUUGCGGUUCUACGAACUCCACACCAUGGAGGACCUGGCGCGCGUGACCCUGCCGAUGGCCCUGCGCCGGGCCCUGGUGGCGGCCUUCCCCCGGUUCACGGCCUACCAAUUGGCCAAGUACGACCGCCGGGCGCCGGAGUCCGGGCGGCUGAUGAAGCGCGCCCGGUCGCGGCUGGAGGCCACGGCCGAGACCGGCGAGACCGACGACCAGGAGGACGCGCGGGUGCUGGCGCGCCCGGGCCGCGCGGCCUUCAGCUUCACGCUGCAGUUCCUCAUCAAGCUGCUGCACAUCGCCGACCCGCCGCUGCAUGUGAUGAGCCUGCUGGGGGCCCGGUACCCGGGGACCUUCCAGGAGUUUGUGGCGGCCCGGCUGCCGGGGACCUUCGACUCGGCGCAGGCGGGCCAGCGCAUGCGCCUGCCGGUGCCGGUCACCUGGCAGACGCAGCUCUCCCGCCGGGGGAACAAUGCGGCCGCCUGGCGGGAGCUGAUCAUCACGCGGAACUUGCCGUUCACCGCGCUGCUGCGCAACCUCAAGACCAUCAUCCAGAAGACCUACCCGCCGGGCUGGCGCCCGGGCGCCCCGCCGGGCAUCAGCCAGCACAUCCACGAGCGGGUGAUGCAGCGCAUUGCCUCGCCGAUGUCCGUGCAGUCCGGGCGCCUGCUGCCCUGGGACUACCUGACCACGUACUUCCAAUUGCGCGACCUGCAGCUGGAAGCCCUGGCCAUGGGGGAGGAGGCCGGGGCCGGGGCCGGGGCCGGGGCCGCCGAGCCGAAGCCCGCCGAGCCGAAGCCCGCCGAGCAGGCCAUCGCCCGCCUGGCCGAGCGGUACCUGGCCAGCCUGUCCUGUGCCAUCAGCCUGUCGCUGCGGUUGAAUAUCCCCCCGCUGGCGGGGAAUGUGCUGCUGUUCCUGUCGCUGUCGCUGCCGGAGCGCGUGCUGACCAAGGCCGUGGAGCAUGAGCGCGGGUUCCAGCAUGCGGUGCUCCGGCACCCGGGGCUCAGCUCGCUGAUGCUCUUUGCCACGACGCUGCUGCUGUCCUCGCAGGGGGUGGACCUGGUGCUGGCCCUGCCGAUGGGCGGCCCGGCGGCCGGGGGCACCUACCAGCCGGUGGUCAUGGGCCCGGCCGCGCGGGGGGCCUCCUUCCUGGACCACUUUGGGGCCCUGUGCGAGCAGGUGGCCCGGUGCUACCGGGACCGGGCCGCCGGGGCCGACUCGCUGCCGGGCAUCCUGCAGCCGUACAUCACCCACCGGCGGGCCCUGUCGCAUGUCAUUUACAUGGACUUGACGCUGGGGAACUUGGACCUGAUCGCCUCGCUGCAUGCCUUUGCCGCGGACUACCGGCGGAUGGUGCAGGAGGCCGGGUCGCGCGAGCGCCUGGUCAUGUCCUACAUUUCGAUCACGUCGCGGGGGCUGGCGGCGCCGGCGCCGGCCGGGCCGGAUGGCGGCCCGGCCGAAAGCAGUGCCCUGCGCAUGCUCGGGGCGCUGGCCGGCCCCGGCGGCCGGCCGUCCCUGCCGGUGACGGUCACCCACCCGGAUGACAUCUACCUGUCGGGGGCGAGUGCGCAAAUUUUGCGGCACAUCGCCGGGCACACGGAGUCCGAGCUGCAGCUGGCCCUGGUGGACAACAUCGACACGAUUCGCGGGCUGCGGCGUGUGCGUGGUCCCGGGCGCCGGGGCCCGGGGGCCGGGCGCUCCCGUUGGGGGCCGGCCCUGCGCUCGGCCCUGGCGACCGGCGGCCCGCGGUAUGGGGCCCGCGCGGAGGUGGUCACCUCGCGCCAGGUGAACAGCGCGGCCUAUGCCCUGGGCCGGAUGUCGGUGGACCCGGAGCGCAAGCGCGGGCUGCAGCCACUGGCGGCCGAUGGCCGGCCGAGGCACAAGCUGCGCCUGGUGGCUCCGGGCCCGGGCCGCGGGCAGCCGGGCUCGCCGGCGGCCGACCCCGGCCCGGGCCAUGCGCAGGUCAUCCCGAUCGCCGAGUCGGAACGGGAGGACCCGCUGGUCGAGGCCGACACCAGUGCCCUGUCCUUCGAUCGGCGCACCAUCCCGGGCCCGAGCGGCUCGGGCAUGGUGUCCGGGGCCGGGCCGGCCUGGCGCACGGUUCGCAUCUUCGUGUCGUCCACCUUCGCGGACAUGGCCGUCGAGCGGGAGAUCAUCUCGCGGGCCGUGAUGCCGGAGCUGCGGGAGCGCCUGCGCCGGCACCGGAUCGAGCUGGUGGAUGUGGACCUGCGGUGGGGCGUGCCGCCGGUGUUGCAGUCGGCCGCGGCCACGGCCACCUGCCUGGCCACGGUGGACGCCUGCCGGCCGUACUUUGUCGGUGUGCUGGGCGACCGGCUGGGGCACAUCCCCGGGGGCCGGGCGGUGGCCCGGUGCGCGGAGGAGCUGGCGGCCGGGUUCGACCCGAGCGUCGACCCGGCGGCCAUGGCCCGGCUGGCCGGCUGGCUGCGUGGCAAUGACCCGGCCGCGGCGGAGCUGAUGUCGGUGACGGAAUUGGAGUGCGAGUAUGCGGUGGGCUUGCGGCUGGGCGGGGUGCCGGAGCCGGCGCGCGCGGUGUUUGCCCUGCGGUCGGCCGUGCCGCAGCCGGUGCUGGACCAGCUGCCGGCGGCCGUGCGCGGGGCCUUCCAGCCGGGGGCCUGCUCCAUGAGCGAGGUGGCGGCGGCGGCGGCGGCGGCGAUUGCCACGACCGCGGCGGCCGGCGGCGGCGGGUUCGACGCGGCCAGCCGCGUGGCGCACUUGCGCUCGGCGGUGGCGCAGGCCGCGGCCGCGGCCCCGGACCGCGUGACCGCCUUCGAGUACAACUUCUCCGAUGUGUGGGCCUACUCGGCCAAGACCGGGCAGAUGGCGGCCUCGGCGGCGGCGCUGUUCGGGCACUUCCGCCGGGCGCUGGUCGACCGGCUGUGGGAGCUCCUGCGCACGGACCCGGCCCUGGCCGGGCACUUUGACGCGGCCCCGGCCGAGGAGCUGCCGCUGCUGCAGGCGGUGGACGCGCUGGCCGGGGGGGGCGCCAUGGAGGCCGCCGCCUCCGAGGGGGCCCUUCACCGGGGGCUCCUGUCGCUGAAUGCCCUGGCCGAGGGCGGGCUGUUUGUCAGCCGGCCGGAUGCGCAUGCCCGGCUGGGGGCCUUUGUGCACUUCCAUUCGGCGGCCGAGCAGUCGCAGCCGGUGGCAUCCGGCCCUGCGGUGGCUGGCGCGCCGCUGAUGCCGCCGAUGAAUCCCCUCCUGCUGACCGGGCCCUCGGGCAGUGGCAAGACGGCCCUCCUGUCGCACUUGCUGCUGGCCGGGCACCGGGAGGGGUCGCUGCUGCUGGCGGAUGAGGACCCCUCGACCGGGGGCCCGGAGCAUGGGCCGGCCGACGCCGCGGACCGGCCCUUCGUGUGGACGCACUUUUGCGGGGCCUCCCUGCAGGCGGCCGAGCCGCAUCUGAUCCUCCGGCGCCUGUCGCAAUCGCUGGUCCGGGCCUUCCCGCAGUUCCUGCACGCGGAGGACCUCCGGCAGGUGGCCCUCACCGACACCUAUAGCACCCUCGGGGAGAGCGUGCACCUGGUGUCGCGGCAGGUGGAGACCGUGGCCCAGUCCCGGCGGCUGGUCCUGGUGCUGGACGGCCUGGACCAUGUGUUCGAUGUGCCGGAGGUCGCGGCGCCGGGCGAGGGCGAGGGCGAUGCGGGGCCCUCGGCCUCGGCGUCGUCGCCGCCGCCGCCGCCGUCCGGCGGGCUGUCCACCGAUUGGCUCCGGUGGGUGGUGGCCCUGAAUACGGAUCGCGUGCGGGUGGUGAUCACCUGCACGGCGCCGGGCCCGGUGCUGAGCCCGUCCAUUGUGGGCGGCGCGCCGGCGGCCGCGAUCGUGACCGGGCUCGGUGCGGUGGCCGAUCGCGGGCGCAUGGCCGGCGCCGGGCAGGCGGCCUUCGCCUUCCAUGCGCAGGGCCCGGGCCCGGGGGCCGGACCGGGGCAAAGCCCGACGGGUCCGCCGCUCGGCCGGGCGCUGGCGUCCAUUUCCCACUGGCAUCCGGUCUUCUCGCAGCGGCACUUGGAGACCAGCCGGUCGCUGGUCCUCGGCGGGGCCGGGGGCGCGGCCUCGGCCGGGCCUGCCGGCGGCAACCCCAGCGCCUCGAUGUCCGCGUCGCAGGUGAGCCAGAUGAUCGGCGAGCUGCAGCGGGCCACCGACCUGACCAGUGUCCUGCUGGCCGGGGCGGUGCUCUUCGUCGGGGAGCUGGCGCCGGCCGAGCGGGCGGACUUCGUGGCCCGGCGCUUGGGGCGCUUCUACAAGCGCCUGGGGCCGGGCGAUGCCGGGGCCGAGCCGUCGGACCUGGACCUGCUGGUGGCCAAGCCCGGUGCCGGGUCGCCGCUGUUCCUGGCGCUGGCGUGCGAUGAGCUCCUCCAGCGGGGGUCCUUCUCGUUUUUGGAUGCGGCCGGCGGGGCCGGGCCGGGUGCCCUGGUGGCGGCCCGGCGGGCGGGCAUCGCCCAGGCGGACCUGCCCGGGCGCCUGACGGCCGUGGUCCGGUCCAUGCCGGAGGCCGGCCUGUGGCAGCUGGUGGAUUGGGCCCUGCGCCGGGCCGAGGCCAGCAUGCGCGACUCGCUGGCCGGGCUGGCCGGGCCCUCGGACGGGGCGGCCGCCGGGUCGCUGGGCGAGCAGCUGCUCGGGCUGGCGAUCAGCCUGCUGUGCGUGUCCCCCGGGGGGGUGUACGAGUCGGAGAUGCUGGCCCUGCUGGGCGGGGCCUUCCCGGGGCUGUGCCAGCGCGCGGGGGCGCUGCUGCUGCCGGUGCCGGCGGGUGCCGGCGUCGGCGUCGGCGGCGUCGGCGGCGCCAGCGCCACCGGCCGGCUGCCGUACGCCGUGUGGUCGAUGCUGUCGUCGACCCUGCGCGGGCUGUUUGUGCGGGUGGUCGAUGGGCCGGACCCGCUGUUCCAGCUGUCCUUCGCGCCGGUCACCGUGGUGCAUGUGCUGGCGCAGCGGUACAUGCCGCGGGAGCGCCAGCGCCGCGCGGCCCACCGGCUGCUGGGCGGGCACUUCCUCCGGCGGGCCUUGGCCACGGUGGAUGCCUUCGAUGUGCCGGGGGCGGCGCUGGAUGCGCGGGCCUUGCGCCUGGCGCUGCCGCAUCUGACCGCGGCCGGGGCCCAUGCCGGGGCCUGGCGCCUGCUCGGGGAUGCCGGGUUCUUUGCAUGUGCCACCGUGGCCCGGCUGCUGCCCUUCCUGCUGGUGCAGUAUGCGGCCGGGGUCCGGCGGGUGGAGGCCGGGCUCGGGCCCGGGCAGCCGACUUCCUAUGCGGCCCGGCUGCCGGUGCUGUAUGGGGCGGUGGUGCGGCCCUUUGUGCCGGCUCUGCUGGCCGAACCGGGGCUGGUGUUCCAGCUGUGUCUGUCGAAUUUGCCGCGGUCGGCCUGGUCCGCGGGCUUUGGCCGGCUGAUUGGCCGGCUGCGCGCUGGCCGGGCGUGGUUCGCGCCGCGCGCCCUGGCGGAGGCCGACCGGGCGGCCCCGGCGGCGGCCCGCGGCGGCCGGCCGCUGGUUCUGUCCUCGAGCCCGGCGUCGGUGACGUGCUCGGCGGUCUGGCCGCCGGCCACCGGGGAUCCGCAGUUCCCGGUGGCGCUCGCCUCGGCGCCGGGGCAUGAUGCGGGGGCUCCCUCGUCGGCGGCGGCGCAGCUGCUGGCCGCGAGCGCGGCCCCGGGCGCCGCGCGCAUCAGCAUCCUCUGCUACAGCGAUCUCUCCAUCGAGAUCCUCUGCCUGGAGACCGGGCUGACGCUGUCGCGCUUCCGGCUGAUGGGGUCCGGCACGCUGGCCCCCUCGGCGGUGUGCGUCCUGCCGCUGGGGGCCUUCCGGUCGCUGGUGGUGGCCUCCAGCCUGGCCAACUCGUCGAUGGCGGCGGCGGCGGCGGCCGGCGGCGCCUCCAAGCUCGGGUCCCUGGCAUCGCUGACCUCGUCGGCCAUGCAGGCGGCCAUGGGCCGGCACUUUGAGGGUGUCGUCCUGGCCGUCGGCACCAAGGACGGCUCGGUGUCGCUGGUGUAUGCGCCGGUGCCGGAGCACGUGCUGUCCGGGCCCCGGGGCGGCGGGGAGGCCCUGCACCGGGGCGGUGUUCUCCGACGCGGGUCCGGGCCCGGCGGCUCCCUGUCCGGGGCCCACUCGGCCGGCAGCCCGAGCAACACCUUCGACUGCCGGCUGCUGAGCGCCUUCCAGGCCCACUCGCUGGCGGUCAGCGGGCUGCUGCUGCAUGCGGAUGGCCCGACUGGGGAUGGGCCCGGUGCGGGGCUCCUGACGGCCGGCCUCGAUGGGCGGCUGUUCCAUUGGCCCCUGGCGGACCUGUGUGCCGGGGCCUUGCAGCAUUUGUCGCGGUCGCUGCUUGGGGGCCGGGCCGACGGGGCGCGCGGCGAUGAUGAUGACGCCGGGGCGGCGGCCGGCGGCGGGGACGACGCCCCGACGGCCGCGGCCGCCGCCACGGUGUGGACCCCCUCCGGGCCGCCGCCACGGUCGCUGCUCCAGGUGGCCGACAACAACCUCCCGCCGCCGGUGAGCUGCAUGGUCCCGCUGCGGCGGUCGCCCGGGGCCCUGGUCGGCACCUGGGGCUCGCUGCACUUCCUGGACCUGCGCACGAUGACUUCCACCUGGUCCGUGAGCUUCCGCAAGGCGGUCCUCUCGGUGGCCCUGCACCCGUCGGAGUUGUACUUCCUGGCGGUGCAUGCGGAUGGCAGCGUGUCGCUGUUUUCCCGGCUGCCCGGGGCCCCUCGCUGGUCGUUCCUGUCGCGGGACUUCGAGAAGACCGUGUACCGGGCCUUGUGCUUCAGCUCGACCGUGCCGCUGAGCCCGAUUGCCGGGGCGCGGUUCUGCGCCUGGGGCAGCCUGGCCUUUGCCCUGCGUGACGGGUCGCUUCUCCGCGUGCCCGGGCUGAGCACCAUGGCCGGGGUGUCGCUGCGGGGUGCGCCGGCGCCGACCGGCGGCCGGCGGGCAUCCCUCGGGUCCGGCCGGAUGGUGUACAGCCGCGGCGGCGGGGCCGUGAUGCCGGGCGGCGUGUCUGGCGGCAGCACGGAUCCCGGGGUCUUCCGGGACUUUGCGGCGCCGUCGUUGCCGAUCCCCGGGCCCCUGGGCACGGUGGAGUUCGCCACGUCGCUCAAGUCCCCGGCGACGGUGCUCUUGCGACUGGAUGUCGAGCAGCCCGGCGACAGUGGCGGCUUCUCCUCCUCCUCCUCCUCCUCCUCCUCCUCCUCGAGGCCGGUGCUGGUGGCCGGCACCCGGGCCGGGACGCUCUACCUUGUCCGGGCCACCGAGGAGGGCGGCUGGCACAGCAGUCGCCUGAGCCAUGAGAGCCCGCUCGGGGAAACGGCCAACAUCUUCAUGAACCAGAUGGCGGCCAAUGAGCUGGAGCCGGGGCAGGCGCCGCGUGACGCGGCCAGCGCGGCGUCCGGCGUGACGGACCCGAUGACCGGCGGGUCGGUGGCGCCCCUGCGCGGGGCCGUGGUCGGGCUGCAUGCGCUGACGCCCGGGGCCGCCGGGCAGCUGAUGCAGCCCAACGCGCGCCGGGCCAAGGACCCGGAGCCGGUGCCGACGCUGCACUUCUUCCUGGCGGUCCUGGCCAAUGGCCUGCUGGAGGUGUGGGCCGUGGACUCGGGCCAGGGGCUGGGGUUCUGCGCGGUUCGGCGCUUUGUCAGCAUCCCCGGCAAGACGCAUGCCAGCCGGGAGGCCGUGGCCUCGGCCUUCAUCGAGACCGGGCUGGAGGUGGUGGCCUCGGCCGGGGCCGGCACCAUGGCCUCGGCCGUGGGGGACCCGAAUGUCCCGGUGCUGGCGCUGGUCCUGAGCGAUGGGUCGGCCGCGGUGUUUGGCCAUGCGCCGCGGCCGGCGGUGUCGCGCUCCUGCAAGUGCAUUGACCAGUUGCACUUUUACAGCCCGGUGGCGCCGGCCGGGCCGGAGCUCCAGGUGGACUUCGUGCCGGAGCAUGGGCGCUACAUGGCGGUGGCCCUGUGCCCGGUGCGGCGGGUCCUGGCGCUGGGGACCACCGGCGGGGUGUGCACCCUGCUGCCGGUGGACCGGGGCCUGAAGGCGACGCGGCACAAUUUCGCCUCCUGGGUCCGGCAUGUGCCGGUGUCGGAUUCGUCGCUGGCCGGGGUGGCCCUGCUGGCGGCCGGGCCGGGCGCCCGGCCCGGGCGCCCGGCCGACGCGGCCCUGGUCACGGUGGACAUGGCCGGGAGCCUGUACGACGGGUCGCAUGAGCGAACCCUGUCGCUGGGUGCCCUGGCCGAGGCGCAUCUGCCGGUCGGCAUGGGGACGGCCGGCGCCGGUGGCGGCCGGUCCGGCGGCACAGCCGCCGGUGCCGGGCCGCUGGGCCAGUGCCUGGCGUCGCGUAGCGAUGGCGAUGCGCCGGUGCUGCAUCUGGCCGUGGGCCACCGGCUGGUGGCCCACGGGUCGGCGGUGCAGGUCCUGUCGUCGGAGCUGUCGCCGCUGACGAUGCUGCCGGCGCCGGGCGGGGCGGCGGCCGGGCGCGUGUGUGCCCUGGCCGAUGCGCUGGGCACCGCCGAGGGCAGCCUCAUGCCCGGGGGCCUGGUGUUCGUCGGGACCGAGGGCGAUGGCGCCCUGCGGGUGUGGCGGCCAUUUGCCAUGCCGUCGUUGGAAAUGGCGCAGGCGGCGGUGGCGCGCCAGGCGGGCGGAUCGUCGUCGUCGGCCGUGCCGCUGAAGGCCCGGCUGCACACGGGGCCGAUUGUGGCGAUCCACUCGCCGACCGGGGCCCUGGGGGCCUUCCUGACCACGGGCGUCGAUGGGCGGUCGGUGUUUUGGGGCCCGGUGCCGAAUGGCCCGGCCACGGCGGCGGCCGCGGCGGCGGGCGGCCUGCCGCCGGUCGAGACGGCGGCCCUUCUCGGGCCAUCGGCCGAGGCCCCCCGGGCCGGGGCCAGCCCGAAGUCGCUGCCCGGGUCGAGCGCGGCCCUUGGCCACUCGGUGCUGUGCUCGGCCACGGUGGCGCACCGGGCGCGUGCGAUGCCUGUCAUGGCCUGCCGGCAGUCGGGCUGCUGGCAGGCGAGCCCGUAUCACCACCUGCCAGCUGGCGGGUUCCUGGUGGAGGAGCAUGCCACGGUGUCGGCCUUCGCGGAUCCCUACCUGCCGGUGGACCGGUGCCUGGGCGGGGUGGUCCGGUGGACGGUGCGCGAUGCCGGGACCGGGGCCGUGCUGGCCCGGCGCCUCCGGCGGGUUGGCCAGCCAGCGGACCUGGACACGGCCAAGCUCUUCUCGUUCCGGGCGCUGGCCGGCGAGGAGCUGUUGCCGGCCCUGUCGGGGGCGGUGACCGCGCCGGCGCCGGAGGGCGGCCUGGGCCCGGUGCAGGCGAUGGUCGCCCUGCCGGGGCAGUCCUUCGCCUCGGCCGGGUGCCCCGCCUGCCAGCCGUCGUACAGCCUGGUGUUGACCUCGCACGCGAGCCGUCACCUGGCCCUGUGGGCCCUGGUGCACGGGUCGCCCGGGGACCUGGAGACCGAGGAGUCGGACCCGGGCACCGGCGACGGGCCGCGGUGGGUCCUGCUGCAGAUGCUGGAGCAUGGCGAUGCCAUGGUGACGGCCCUGUGCCCGGUGGACCUGCCGGUGGCCAUGGGCGGCGGCCUGCCGGUGGCGCUGGCCUGCUCGGGCAGCCGCCUGCACCUGGUGUACCUGGACUCGACGCACACCCGGGCCCUGGAUGUGCUGGGAUCGCGCGAGACGCGGGCCAUCGAGCGGGCCAACCAGCACCGGCUGUGGCUGCAGUCGAGCCGGCCGCUGGGCGAUGGCGGGUCGGCCGAUGGGCCGCCGGGCGGCUCGCUGGGGGCCGCCCUGCCGGCCAGCACGCGGUAUGGCCAGCGGCCGGUCCGCGCGGCGGCCCUGCUGGCCCAUGCCGGCGGGGUGGGCCUUGUCUAUGCGGCGGUGGUCUUUUCCUCGGGGUCGGCGGUGCUGUUUGCGAUGCGGCCGGCGGCCGAGGUGCCGGGCGCCUGGGCCCCGGCGGCCGAGGCGGCCGACAAGCACUUCGGGCUCUGGGUGCAGGAGGUGGCCCUGCUGGACCGGUGCCUGGUGCCGGGGGAUGUCCGCCGGUAUGGGUUCUCGGCGCAGGUGCACUCGGUGGCCCUGACGCUGGGGGACCACCGGCCGGACUCGGUGUCGGCGCUGAUGCCGCCGAGUGUGGUGCUCGGCACGGCGGCCGGGCGGGUGGCCCUUUUGCGGCCGUCGGCCCGGCUGCCGCCGCUGCUGCUGGGCCCUGGGCUGGGUGGCCGGCUGCAUGAGCAGCUGACCGGGCGGCUGACCCCCGGUCGCCCGGUGUACCAGCUGGCGGCCGUGUGGCGGCCGCACGAUGGCGCGGCCCUGGUCCAAGGGGUGGCUGUCAUUCGGCCGGAGGCGCUGCUGGCGGCCGGGCGCGUGGUGCCCGGGUCGGUGGCCGACACGCCGCUCGGCCCGGGCGCGGCGGCCUCCAGCGCGGCGGCCUCGUCGGCGGUGGCCCGCAUCGCCGGGCAGCUGGCCCCGCCGUUGGAGCCGGCGGCCGGGGUGGUGGCCUUCCUGGCCGAGACCGCCGCGGCCGACGGUGGCAAUGGCACCUGGUCGGCGGACGAGCAUCGGGACCUGUCGCGCGAGGCCGGGCGCCGGUGCUGGGAGAAGGCCGUCUUCCUGGGCGGGGUGUCGCUGUCCGAGCACUACACCCAGCUGCCGGCGGCGGCGGCGGCGGCGGGUCCCCCCUCGGUGGGGGGCGUGCCGUCCCCCGCGAGCAGCACCAACAGCCAGCACUCGCUGUACCUGGGCCGGCUGAGCGAAGCCAACAUCCCGCGGGGGUUCCUGCCGCCGGUGCUGGGGUCGGCCCUGCUGGUGACCGCCGGGUCCGAUGGGUUUGUGCGGGUGUCGCGGGUGGUUGAUCCGCUGCACGCGGCGGCGGCGGCGGCGGCCACCGACGAUCCCCUGGGCCUGAUGCCGCGGCUGGAGCCGGUGGGCAUGUUUGCCAGCUCGCGCCUGGCCCCGGUGGUCCACCUGUCGGUGGACCAGGUGACCCUGCUGAGCUCGAACCUCGGCGCGGCGGCGGCGGCGGCGGCGGCGGAAGCUGGCGAUGCCGCCCUGCUGCCGGCCCCGGGGUCGGUGCUGCUGAACCUGACCGCCUCGGAUUCGCUGGGGGCCGUGCGCAUGCUGGACUGCAUCGCCGCCCCGCCGAAGCAUGUGGCGGCCUGA